GAAACUUACCUAUAUACAGUCUUUCUGCUUAAUAAAACCGAACCAUUGGCAGGUAAUUAUCCACUAAUUGGAUUUUGCAGUCUUGUUAAAAAUGGAUAGUCAGUUUUUAAUCACUUGACUUGCUGACAUAGGAGACAUAGCAGUCUUGCCAGAAUUCUUACAAUACUGGAAAUUUUGACAGAUAACCUCAGGUUAGGCGCAGAAGAAGAUGUUUCUACGCCAGACUUGAAGAAUUUUCUUUUCCAAGAUGGAAAAGAAAAUUCUUCCGCCAGUUAAGGCAGAUGAUGAUGUUGUAUUGUUGAAGAAUACAAGAUUUUGGCAUGGCUAGAGUAUUGACUGGGAAUAGCAGGAUAAGGUCCUCAUUGAUGGCCAUACACUAGUCUUAAUUCCAUAAAUGAUAGCACUUCCCUUUUACUAUAUAUAUGUGUAUGGAGACGGGCAUAAGGAAACAUAGAAGAUAACUUGGAAGUGCAAAGAAUUCUAUAUCAACACCUCCAUGACUCCUCUGAUGCUAAUUUUUGGGCUUUUGAUUUCUCUCCUAGGAGUUAUAGAUGCACAAUCCAUAGGUGUCUGUUAUGGAAUGAAUGGCAAUAACUUGCCUCCUCAGCAGGAAGUUGUUGAUCUUUAUAAAUCAAACGGUAUUGGAAGAAUGAGAAUUUAUCAUCCAGAUGAAGCAACCCUCCAAGCUCUUAAAGGAUCAAACAUAGAACUUAUGCUUGCAGUUCCAAAUGACAAGCUCCAAGAAGUUUCUGAUGCCUCAGCCGCAACAACUUGGGUGCAGAACAAUAUUGUCGCCUAUGCAUCUGACGUCAAAUUUCGCUACGUUUCUGUUGGAAAUGAAGUGCACCCAGGAGAUGGAAAUGCAAAUUUUGUUCUACCAGCAAUGCAAAAUGUCCAAAAUGCAAUAGCAUCAGCUGGUUUACAAAACCAAAUUAAGGUUUCCACUGCAAUAGACACAACUCUGAUAGGAAAAUCAUUCCCUCCAUCAGAUGGUAUAUUUAGUGACAGUGCAAGUGGAUAUAUAAAGCCGAUCAUCGAUUUCUUGGUAAAAAAUGGAGCACCUCUUCUGGUGAAUGUGUACCCUUACUUUAGCCAUAUUAACAAUAAACAAGACGUUAGCCUUGAAUAUGCCUUGUUUACUUCGCCUGGAGUUGUAGUACAGGAUGGUCAAUACGGAUACCAGAAUCUGUUUGAUGCAUUAUUGGAUUCCGUUUACGCUGCUCUUGAAAAGUCCGGCGGAGGGAGUUUACAAAUUGUUGUAUCAGAAAGUGGUUGGCCAUCUGAAGGAGGAGAUGCAGCAACUCCUGAUAAUGCAGGAACUUACUAUAAGAACCUGAUUAGUCAUGUCAAGCAAGGCACUCCUAAGAAGGCAGGACAAGCUAUAGAGACUUAUUUAUUCGCCUUGUUCGAUGAGAACCAGAAAGAAGCAGGAAUUGAGCAACAUUUCGGUGUCUUUCUCCCUAAUAAACAACCUAAAUAUCAAAUUAGCUUUGGUUAGUUAAAUUGUGCUAUUAGGCCUUCUAUUUAGAGCUAAAUAAGAGUACUGCUUACAGAACUCAUUAAUAAACAAACUUUUAUGAAUAGAUUCAUGUCUCUCUUUCUCAAA